AAAUCGGAAAUCCAAUAUUCUAUAACCGAAACCAUAGCCUACUGCGUCUGCAUUCUAUCUCCCAGCCAUCUAACAAACAAAUAAAUCCUUUCUUCUCUGUGUUCAGUUCAUAUUGUUGAUGAUGGAGUCGGCGGAAACAGGAGCAUGCCUGUGGAUGGUGACAGACCAAAAAAUCUUUGGCAUCCGCAUUGAGAAGUUAGAAAAAUUGGGGAAGAAUGAGGUUCGGGAUUGGAAAUCCCAUCUUGAGCCGGCUCCCUUUGAUUUCCAUUUGGAGCUUCCAGAGCCCAGCAUGUCGUAUCCCUUUAUCUUCCACUCGAAACUUUUCUUACUCGAUGGUCCAACCGAUUCUGGCACCAAGAUCUACCAAAUCUCCUAUGUCGGCGGCGACACGUUGGGCAUUUCUGAGGCAGCAGUGCCGGGCGCAAUCCCUCCGCUACCGACCGGCGACCCCUUUUACAUGGCAAACAUUCAAGAUGACGUUUACUUAGUGGGGUAUCGUAAGACACCGGUAGGAAUGGAGACGGGGUUAUGGGUUCUAAGUUCCCGUUCCCGUUCCGGGAAAUGGGAUUCCUUGUCUAUUCCUCCAACCGUGCUCCCUGAUCUUGGUCGUUCUUGCCCUCUCUGUUUCGUGCUGAAUGAUAAGCUCUUCUUUCAUUGCUGGUCCGCACCACCCAUUUACUAUGCCUACGACCCCCGAACUCUCACGUGGGGAAAACCGGAGCGCGCAUUUUCUUCUUCUGAUCGUCAGUUUCACGGACCCCUUGUGCUGGUGUCGUCCCUUGGGGAUGUAGACAAUUGCAGGGUGGUGCUGACAUGGGACUUGAGGAGGCUUCCCUGCGAAGAUGGUGUGAAAUAUGACAUACACGCUUUGCUGGUGGAUAAUGAAGAUGAUUGCGUUCGUGGGCAUCAAUUCCUUGAUGAGUUGUGUAAGGCGAUUCAGCCAUCCUACUUUGAUAGUACGUCCAUAGGAAUGAACGCUGUUGACCUUGGCAACAGCAAAGUAUGCAUUAUCAUGGGUGGUCUCGCAGAAGGCAUUCCAUCCUUUUCCAUUUUAGUAGUUGAAUUAGGGUUGGUACAAGAGGACAAGCAGCAAAGGUUCUUAUCUGUGCGUGUACUGGUGAAUCAAGUCUACGAUACGAUGCCUUACUUAGAGGACGACCGUCUUGAAGUGCUCUACAACUCCUUUAUUUUCUCGCUCAGCAAGGGAAUCCAUACUCCCAAGAUUGCAUGUCUCCAAGGAAAGAGUCCAAGCUAGCUAGUGGGACGAAUCCAAGCAACCAACAACAGCUUUCCAACAAGAAUGACUAACUUCAACUUCUUCAUGUAUGCUUUAUUUUAUUAU